UGGUCUAACGAAUACACCACUUGAAUUCGACCAAUGAGGAGCCAAGAAGCAGCAGCAUGGUCGCAGCCUGCUGAUAAAUAAACGGGGUGCGAACAGAGCUCUGGUGCCGGUGAGUUGUUGGUUAUACUCUACUCUCAGCAAGUUUUUUUUUGUUAUGGCAAGUUUGCUAGCUGAAGAUGGCCUGGUGCACAGGAAGAUCAGUUUUCUACUAAUUGAGCUAUAGUUCGAUUGUUACGAACAGUUAAAUGAAUAUGGUAAGAUCACGCUGCAGCUGAUGCACGAUACCCAUUGGAAUAGUCGUGCAACGCGCUUUUGAUGCACUAUGGAGGUACCGACACCCGUGCACGCGUCAAAGGAGGCCCCGGCGGAGGCAGUAACUCUCUGCGCAUCGGUGGCCCUGCGUAGCCACCUGCCUGGCACGCUCGAUCAGGGGGCAACCGGGCAGUGCGCAGUGCACAGAGAGCCGCUGGCCAGCUCCUCCGGCACCUUCACCCAGCUCACAGCUAGCUGCCAUCCGCUUUCGCCUCUAGCUAUCACUUCGGGAACGAUUUCGCCAAUGCCAUUGAGCUCGGUCCCCGUGCGCUCCACCGCUCUGCUCCACGCGUGCUUGAAUUCAGAGAACGGCGUUAUGAGUCGGGAACUCACAGUACCGGAUACAGUGCCGCCGUCUUCGCCAGCCCACGUUGGCGACCAGUCUGGAAGCUGGCCGUAUUCUGUCCCGUCGGCCGGCCCUGCGACAGGCAGCGGGGCUGGCAGCUCCACGUCGCCCCGGCGGGGCACAGGACACAGCAGACGUCAGCGCAGAGCGCAGCGUGUGCAGUCGAUGGCCGCUCCUCGGCAGCCGGCCGACGGCGACCACCAUCGGCAGCAGUGGACGUCCAGGCGAAAGCGAAACCGCACCGACCUCACUGUGGAGCAGAAACAUCGAAUCUGCAUGUACCAUAACGAGCAUCCUACGGCUACUGCCAAACAGCUGGUCGACUUUUUUCGUGAGGAGUGGGGCGUGGUUGUGGGCAGGUCCACUAUCGCAGCCACCAUCGGGAACAAGGCCAGAUGGCUCUCCAUAUCCGAACAGAAGGCAAAGAGCAAACGGACACGGACGGGGAGGCAUGAGCAGAUGGAGCAGUGCCUUUAUGGGUGGUACAUGGACCAACGUGCCGCUGGCGUAUACGUGGCGCGAGAGCAGCUGUUCGCGCGGGCCAAGGAAAUCGGCCGUGCCAUUGGAAUCCCUGAGACGUUCACCUACAGCAAGGGCUGGCUGCAAAAGUUUCAGAUGCGCUACAACUUUCGUGUCACGGCGCAGAAAUCCAAGACAGACGCGGCGACUAAGCGUUUCGUGGUAUUGAAGCGCCGGCAGAUGGACCGGGACUUAGAGACGACCGUGCCAACAGAUAUCUUUUGCCUGGGUGAGUUUCGGCUGUGUUACCGGCUGAUGCUGCGUCAGUCGCUGAUGGCCUCCGGCGAGGCUGACGCUGUGUCCGUGUGCCUGUGCACCAACCUAACAGGAUGUCGGCGGCUGGCGCCGCUCGUCAUUGGCAACACUGUCACAUGCGGCUUUAGCAACAAAUUUUUCGUCGACAAACUGGCACUGUAUCGAUACGGUGCGCAUGGUGUGCUCACCAAUGCCAUCUUCUCCGAGUGGCUGUACGCACUGGACGGGGCGAUGCGCCAGGAGCAGCGCACCAUCCUGUUGCUGGUCGGUGCCACCAGCUGUAAUGUUGAGCGCACCUACAAACUGAGCAAUGUGCGGCUGCGGCUGCUGGACACUAUCGGAGCACGCAACCCGUUCGACCACGGUCUACGGGCGGCCUUCAAGAUCGCGUACCGGCGUUUACAGGUGCAGCACUUGCUGAGCGAGGGUUGCCCUCAGGCGAACACAGCUGUGCCCGACCUGCGCGACGCCAUCUACUUGAUCCGCGAGAGCUGGCGGCAGCUGCCCAACGAGGCCAUUGUGGGCGCGUGGCGGGCGGCCGGCGUGGUGCCCGAGUAUCGUCUGGCCGCCACUCACACUGCCGGGGACGGUGCGCCAGUCUCGACGACUGCCGGGGGUAAGCCGCCCCACCCGCAGCAGCGGCAGCAGCAGCAGCAGGUGAUGCCUCCGUUGCCGGGUCACCCGGUGCAGUCGUACUUGCACGUGCCGCUAGCGGGAGAGCAUCCUGGCCAGCGGCAUCCCGCUUAUCACCAUCAGCAAGCUGAGCACGAGCAGCAAGACCAUCAGCAGCCGGAGCAUGACCAGCUGCCGGAUCAGGGGUAUCGGCCGCCCAUACCCCCGCCGUCGCAGCCGCCGGCGCAGCAGUUUGUGGCGGGUGUCCAUCAGCUGCCCGUGGUUGGCACCUUGGACACCACUGUGAGCCAGCUCUCCCCGUUCGGUCUUUCUCAGAACGGCGCCACGUACAUGCUAGGCGAGCAGGCUGUGGAGCAUCCGCAACCGGGUGGCAGCCGCACUCUGCCAGACGCCGGCCAGAUGAACCUGGCCGGCAUGCGGCUGUUGCGUGAAGAGCUGUCGCGGCUGCCGAUACCCGCUGCCGAGUUGGUGACGGUGGAGACGCUUCUGGCCGCCGACGAUCUGUGCGCCUCCGAGAGCACGGCCGGCGCCGCUUCGUUCGUGCGGCCGCCCGAGCACGUGACACAGACGGUUGCCAGGUGGGCUAUUGACGUGCUACUGACCUACCUAGAGCAGCGCGACGCCGACCUGGCACCCAUCGACCAGCUGCUGGAGAUCCGGCGUGUCUGGGUGCUCGACAAGCGGCGGCAGGACGGGCCACCGGACAGCAAACCGACCUUCCGCUGAGACGCUUGUCUGUGGUCAUCAUCGUGUGUGCUAGCACUAAGCGUGACCAAGUGAUUUGAACGCCCUGAUUCCCUCGUCUGUUACGUUUUUAAUAUUAUUUUUCUCAAGUGUUUUU